AUGGCCGCGGCGCGUCAUCUUCUCGCCGCGGUGGUGCUCUGGGCCGCGCUCUCCUCCGCCGCGUGUUUCACCGACCCCUCCGAUGCGAUCGGGAUGUGGGAAUUAUAUCGCACACUGGAAUCGCCAUGGCAGCUUUCUGGGUGGACAUUCAUGGGUGGUGACCCCUGUGGAGGAGACGGGGAACUUGGAUCGUGGCGGGGGGUCUUUUGCAAGGACUCAUGUGUCGUGGCUAUAAACAUUAGUGGGCUCGGGGUCGGAGGGUGGCUUGGCCCAGAACUGCUCAAACUCCACUCUUUGAAAGAGCUUGAUGUGAGCUUCAACAACAUCGCUGGUGAAAUCCCGCCCACUUUGCCCCCAAAUGUGGAAUACUUAAAUUUGGCAGCCAACAAGUUUGAGGGAACUGUACCACCAUCAUUGCCAUAUUUGCACUCCCUUAAAUAUAUGAACUUCAAUGAAGAAUGUCUUAUCGGUGAAGGUAUUACUGGCCGAGUUUACAGAGGUGAUUUUCCUGAUGGUCAGCUCCUGGCUAUAAAGAAGAUCAACAUGAUAGAUUUGUCAUUAUCAGAACAAGAUGAGCUCAUGGACAUUCUAUGGAAUAUGUCCAGAUUAAAGCACCCCAAUAUAUCUUCGCUCGUGGGAUAUUGUGUGGAGUUUGGACAUUGUGCUCUUCUAUAUGAGUAUGCAGAAAAUGGCUCCCUUGAUGAUCUUCUGUUUUCAUCAGCCACAAGAUCGAGGGCUUUGUCAUGGAAAGCUCGGAUGAAGAUUGCUCUUGGAGUUGCCUAUGCUUUGGAAUACUUGCAUUUUAUGUGCUCUCCUCCAGUUACCCAUGGAAAUAUUAAAGCUACAAAUAUUUUGCUUGAUGCUCAGCUCAUGCCCUACCUAAGUCACUGUGGGUUAGGAAAGUUCAGCCAUUUUGUCAGCGCCACAAGAAUGGAUUCAGAAGCUCUCAGUGGUGCUAAAGGCUAUGCUGCCCCUGAGGCUAAUGGUUCGGGAACAGAAAUCAUAAAAGCUGAUAUUUACAGUUUUGGUGUGAUAUUGCUUGUGCUUUUGACUGGACAAAAAGCUUUUGACAGUUCAAGAAGGCAGAAUGAGCAGUUUCUAGUUGAUUGGGCCUCUCCUCAUCUCCAUAACCUUGAUUCUCUGGAGGGAAUAACUGAUCCAAGAAUAUGUGGCCACAUGCCACCUAUAGCUAUUUCUGCAUUGGGCAACAUCAUCUUGCUUUGCAUCAAGGAAUCACCAGAUUUACGCCCACCAAUUAGAGUUAUAACAGACAAAUUAGUAAAGCUUGUCCAGUCAACAGGCCUUCAAAAGACCAAUGCAGCACAUCAAUUGGAGGCUGAUGCUCAGGACCCCUCUUUUAUAACAACCCGGCCAUAUUUUGAGCCAUCGUCCACUGUCAGUCAGGCUGCAACUGAGAGCUUCAUCGCCCGCUGA